AUGCCUAAGCCAAAGAUAAUACGUGCCGACACGAUCGAUCUCCAAGAUCACGCUCGUCCUUCGGCACAGGACCACUCUAAAUCAAACCUUCGCACCACUCCCUCCUUGACACUUGCUCCUCACCAGGCUGAAACCCUUCGAGAGGUCGCGCACGAGACCGCCGACGAGAACCUUCGCAGUCCCCGCCUGGUGUGGGACAAACCCGCCGAACUUCAGGGAGCCGCGAGCGACGGCGCUAAUCCCGACCCCGACCCCAACCCCGACGUUGACGUUGACCCUGAGAUCCGUAUCGGAAUCGACGACGCAGAAAUCAAGUCCCGCGCUUCCGACCAGCCGAAUUCCGAACCAGAUCAUCCCAAUCAGGACCACAAGAUGCACCAACAGGAUGCCCUGGCGGUUGCCCAAAAUGGUGGCCUCCAAGACGAUAGCGACAUGGAGCUAGACGGCGACGAUUACGAUGAUGAUAUGACGGGCGGCAUUUCAAGCUCCCCUUCAAUCGAGGAUGGUGUGUACUCUCAGCUUGUUCCUUUGGCCGUCACCGUUGGAGGUCCCCUUCUGGAGGCGUUGAUACAAAACGAGGAGGAAAGUCUUCGUCGCCAUCUUCUUCUUCCUCCGAUCCACGACGGUGAGUACCACAGCGAUGAGGACGACGCACUUCUUCCAGGUAUACGGCAGUAUUACGACGAUUACGGGCCCGCCUGGUCGCCCAACAUGAGUAGUGGCUUUUCAUUCUCGCGGGCCGAUUAUCUUAUAUCCGAAAUGGAAAAGGAGUUGUCCCGAUGGCCUCUUACCGAUGUUUCCGGGUUGGACUUCCUGUCUAAACGAAAGGUUUUCGAGAAAGGGGAGCAUACCCAUGCCCCAAGCGACGGGAGUAACGAUAACGCGCUCGACGACCUUUCGACACCCGAUAUUGCGACCACAGCCCCGACAGAGGAAGAAGAAGAAGAAGAAGAAGAAGAUGGCGAUGCUAGCGAUGAUUCCUUUCCCGAUGACAUUGAUCCCCGCUAUAUUGGCAUAGGCUGGGCCGUGGAGUGCUUACAAGAUCCAGAGGACAUUGAUUUCGAAUACGUCUACGCGCUUCAUACUUUUGUGGCGACCGUCGAAGGCCAAGCGAAUGCGACCAAAGGCGAUACCAUGGUUCUGUUAGACGACAGCAACAGUUACUGGUGGCUUGUGAGGAUUGUCAAAGACAGCAGUAUAGGCUACCUUCCCGCCGAACACAUCGAAACUCCUACCGAGAGAUUGGCUCGCCUUAACAAGCACCGGAAUAUUGAUGUAAAUGCGCCCUUUUAUCCUAUCCUUUUGUCUGCAACCAUGCUCGGUGACCAAGCAGCCGAAAAGUCAAAGCCAACUUUCAAGACCGCCAUUCGGCGGCGAAAGAAGACUGUAACCUUCGCCGCCCCCACGUAUGUUGACUAUGAGGACUACGAUUACUCGAGCGACGACGACGAAGACCAAGAGGAGAUCUUUGCGCAGCAGCAAGCAGCAGCCAAGCAGGCCCGCGAACAAGCUGCCGCUGCUGCCGCCGCCGCCGAGAACCAGCAAGGCGAGAUGGACUCGGAAAGCGAAAUCGAAGACGAGACGGCCAGGGUCGAGCCUCUGAAACCCCGCGUCGUAAAGGAGGCUACCGCUGCGGAGUCCGCUAAGAGCACCACCGCCGCUGCCGAUGACUCUCACCUGAAGCGUGCAAGCGAGGAUAUGUUUGAUGGCAAAGCGGACAACGUCAGCCGAUCUAGGAAUGGCACCGUCCGUAACACGGACUCCUUUUUCAAAGAUGACACAGUUGAAACCAAGAAGAUUACCCUUACCCCCAACCUCUUGCGCGAUGAUAACACGCCACGCGAGUCCACGGACUCUAAAGAUAUUCGCCCUCGACCGAGUCUCGACAAGGUUCUCGACAAGGACAAGGAUGACAAGAAGAAGAGAGAGAAGGAGAAGAAGGAAAAGGACAAGAAACCAAGUGUCAUCCGCAACUUCUUCUCCCGGAAGGAUAAGAAGAAGGGCAGUAUCGAUGAGUAUGAGGACGAGCCCAAGAAGUCGAUGGACAGCAGCGAGACCCGCGACAGCAAGGACCACGAUGAGGUCGAGGGCACAGAUGCCUCGGCUAACGGCCCCCAGCGUCACCCCAGCAAGCUCCAGAAACAGAUGCCGCGUACAGAGUCCUCGCCAACUCGUAAAGGGCCUACUACAGGAUACGUAUCAGAGACUAGGAACGACGUCUCCAAUGUGCCGCCCGCGACGAUGCGCAUCGUCGACGCCGAGACCCAGGAGACUAGGGAGGUAUCCUCCCAACCGACCAAGGAGGAUUUGGCCCGAGCAAACGGAACCUCGUUCGGACCAGGCGACGCCCAGGAUGCCGCGUUGGGACAAGAGGCAUCUCGCGGCCCGCGAGCCCAACCCAUAGAACAGCGGGCUGCAUCACCCGCUCGGACGUCACCCACCAGUGCAACUCGCCCACCGCCCUUGAUGGUGGACACCUCGAGUCAAGAAGACCAGUCCCCGUCUCCGUCACCCGACCUACUCGAUGGUGACGAAGAAGAAGCUCUCCGGCGUGGGCAGGAUUCGGUGUCAACCAACUCUACAUCGGAAUCCACCGGCUCCACAUGGGAUGAUUCGAAGCUACGAGCCUUUUUCGACACUGGGUCGGAGAUCAAGGAUAUGCUAGUCGUCGUCUAUGACAAGACAGAUGUAGCGCCAGCGGGACCCGACCACCCCCUCGUUGGGUCUCUCUUUAGGGAACAGAAUGCCAAACUGGCCGAGAUAACAACUCAACUCGACAACAUGCUUGGCGAUUGGCUCGCUAGGAAGCAACGGUUGCGAGGCACCAUCUAG